GUCCCAGCUCGCUCCUCUCUGUAACUGUAUAUUAUGGGGCUGCUCUCCAGCCCCAGCUGAUGAAAGUUUUGUCUCUCUCAGUCUGGGCUGCGAUGUCAAAGCGCCUCCACGCAGCGCAGCCGCGCUCCCCCCGUGCGCUGCCCGCGGCCCGGCUCCCCGCGCUGCCGCCGCUCCUGCCGCUGCUUCUGCCGCUUCUGCUGCUGCUGGGCCCGGCCUGCCUGCCGUCCGCACCGCUCCGAGCCCGCGGUGAGGAUGUGGGCAGCAGAGCAGAUUCCUCGAGGCUGCAGAUGUCAAAGCACCAGGCCAAAGAUUAUGAGAUAACAAUUCCCUUCCUUCUGAAYGGAGAGCAGUGGAGACCAGCAAAUGGCAUUUAUUCAAAGAACCACCCAGCCCAGCUGCAGUUUGUAAUUCAAGCYGAAAAUAAACAUCUGGUCAUCGAUUUGGAGAGGAAUGAGGGCCUGUUAGCCAGAGGUUUCACCGAGACCCAUUACCUGGAGGAUGGCACGGACGUGGUUCUCAGGCGCAAUCACACGGGUCACUGUUAUUACCACGGCCACGUGCAGGGRCACCCCGAGUCCUCCGUCAGCCUCAGCACCUGCUCCGGACUCAGGGGAAUUAUCGUGUUUGGAAACAGCAGCUACAUUCUGGAGCCUUUGGAARGUGCCACAAAUGAACACAAGAUCUACCAAGCAGAGAAGCUGACAAUAGCCCCGGGAUCCUGCGGCCACCAGCCUGACAUCCCUGCCACGAGAGCUGCUGCCAGUGACACAGCACAGCAUUCUCCAGCUGGCAGGCACAAGAGGGAGACUCUGAAGACAACGAAGUACGUGGAGCUCGUUAUUGUGGCAGAUAAUCGCGAGUUUCAGAGACAAGGCAAAGACGUGGAAAAAAUCAAGCAGAGGCUGAUAGAAAUUGCAAACUAUGUUGAUAAGUUUUACAGGCCCCUGAACAUCCGAGUGGCCCUGGUGGGGGUGGAAGUGUGGAAUGACAUGGAYAAAUGCUCCAUUUCCCAGGACCCCUUCACCAGCCUGCACGAGUUCCUGGACUGGAGGAAGCUCAAACUCCUCCCUCGAAAAGCCCACGACAAUGCCCAGCUGAUAAGUGGGGUCUAUUUCCAGGGCACCACCAUUGGCAUGGCUCCCAUCAUGAGCAUGUGCACGGCAGAGCAGUCUGGAGGGGUCGUCAUGGAUCACUCAGAAAACCCCCUGGGUGCAGCAGUGACGUUGGCUCACGAGCUGGGGCACAAUUUUGGGAUGAAUCACGACACACUGGAGAGGGGCUGCAGCUGCAAGGCAUCCACUGAGAAAGGGGGCUGCAUCAUGAACCCCUCCACUGGCUAUCCAUUCCCCAUGGUCUUCAGCAGCUGCAGCAGGAAGGACCUGGAGAACAGCCUGGAGAAAGGAGUGGGAAUGUGUCUGUUCAACCUGCCCGAAGUCAAGGAGUCCUUUGRGGGGCAGAAGUGUGGAAAUGGCUACGUGGAAGAUGGGGAGGAGUGYGACUGCGGGGAGCCUGAGGAAUGCACAAAYCGGUGCUGCAACGCGACCACCUGUACCUUGAACCCCGGAGCAGUGUGUGCACAUGGGCUCUGCUGCCAGGACUGCCAGCUGAAGCCAGCGGGGAUUUCUUGCCGAGAGUCCAGCAAUUCCUGCGACCUGCCCGAGUUCUGCACGGGGGCCAGCCCACAGUGCCCGGCCAACGUCUACCUGCACGACGGGCACCCGUGCCAUGGUGUGGAUGGCUACUGCUACAACGGCAUCUGCCAGACCCACGAGCAGCAGUGCAUCACCCUCUGGGGCCCAGGUGCAAAGCCGGCUCCUGGGAUCUGCUUCGAGAGAGUCAACUCCGCCGGCGAUCCCUACGGMAACUGCGGCAAGGACUCCAAAAGCUCCUUUGCCAAAUGUGAACCCAGGGAUGCCAAGUGUGGGAAGAUCCAGUGCCAAGGGGGAGCCAACCGGCCGGUGAUUGGUACCAACGCUGUUUCCAUAGAAACCAACAUCCCGCUGCAGGAGGGAGGCAAAAUCCUGUGCCGUGGCACCCAUGUCUACCUGGGGGAUGACAUGCCCGAUCCCGGGCUGGUGCUGGCAGGAACCAAGUGUGAAGAUGGAAAAAUCUGCCUGAACCGCCGGUGCCAGAACACGAGCAUUUUUGGGGUCCAUAAAUGUGCCACCAAGUGCCACGGCCGCGGGGUCUGUAACAACAAGAAGAACUGUCACUGUGAGGCUGAGUGGGCGCCCCCGCUGUGUGACAAGCCRGGCUUUGGUGGCAGCGUGGACAGCGGGCCCGUCAGACAGGCAGACAAUAAGAGUUUGACCAUAGGAGUGCUGAUAACCAUCCUGUGCCUUCUCUUUGCUGGAUCAAUCAUGUACUUUAAAAGGAAGGCUUUCAUGAGGUGGCUGUUUACAAGCAAGAAGACAACAAUAGAGAAAUUAAGGUCUGUGAGUCCAACRAGACCUCCCAGUUCAUCUGAGCCAAAUUGUGUUCACAGCACAUCGAGCAGGAAAAACCUCAUCAUGAAACCACAAAAUACAACCACACAAAAAAGGGACAGCCCCCGGCGGCCGCUGCCCUAUCACAUCAUCGACAUCAGYGACCCCGUGAAGGUGCCACCUUUGAAAACGCCCCAGCGGGUCCUGCCACCCCUUCCCCAGCCACCAAACCACCAGGCUGGGCCUGAGAGACCCCUGCCAGCUCAUCCCUCACUGAGGUUCUCCCAGGAGCCCCCCAAGCCCAGUCCCCCUCGGAAGCCUCUCCCCGCUGAUCCCCUGAGCCGAGCKCGCCACGGCCCCGCCGUGCCUGGACACCCCAAAGCUGUGCCCCUGGGCACCCCUGCCAGGCCUGCUCCCAAACAUCCACCCCGGGUAUCCAGGUCCAGCAACGCUACGGAUGUGAAAUGAGKAGAAAAACCUGACACCUUUGUUUUAAAAAGUGAAGACAGAAGUUUGCACUAUCUUUCAACUCCAGCUGGAGUUCAUUUCUAUGACAAUACUUAGAAUUUUUAAUGUUUAAAACAGCGUUAUUUUUAAGAAUUCUGAGCUACUGCCUCUGGUGCUGUGCUGUGCUAUGGUGCUCUGUAUACUUGCUCAGGUACUUGUAAAUUAUUAAUUUAUGUUGAAUAUUUAUUACAGUGCAGUGCACUGUAGUAGAUAUUUUUACCAUAGCUGAGUUUUCCUAAAAAGGAAGCCUUUUUUUUUGUAAUAUUUCACUGAACUUGAAUAAUUCUGCUCUAUUGGUCCUAGGUAGGUUUCUUAGUUUUGAUCUAUUCUUUAAAGAGUGCUGAUACAGAUCAAUCAAAUACAUAAACAACUCCAUCUCAGUGGUUCACAAGCAACUUUUGAAUAAACAUGGCAGGGUAAAARGACAAAAACUCCUCUGGAACUUGGUGAAAUGCCCGAUAUCUGCACACAAUGUGUUUAACCAAAGGAUCACUCUGUGUUUGUAGCUGUACUGUAAUCCCAGUUUUCACGUUACUGUUUGAAAUCUUCCAGAAAUCUCUGUGCUGAGAGGAUCUAUCCACCUGGGAGGAGUCCUCUCGCUGGAGAAGUACUGUAAAUCACAAAACUGUUUUGUUUUUGACCUCAUUUGCCUCAAACACAGCCUGGUUGGGACAUAUCAGUGCAGAUAUCAGACCUCCCUGUGCCACCUCCUUUUUGGUGCUUUUUUAAUUAAAUUCAGCCAUCUCACUGCUGUCCUGAUYAGACUGGCAGUACCUUACACCCAGGGCUGGGGGGAAAGCCAAGAAUUACAUUUUAAGAAUCCACUUUUGUAUUAUUCCCUUCGCCUCACCGCUCUGCUUAUCAAACCUGUAUUUUGCAUAUUUACUACUGUUUUGUAUUUAACUCCUCCGGGUCUCUUCAUUCCCAAAUCAAAAUGUGUAUUUUAAAUACAUAGACUUGGAUUAUCCCCCCCCAAAAAAAAAAUAAAAAAAAAAAGGUCAUCUCUGCUAUGUGAUUACACCUGAUCUCUUCUGUGCCUUCUCAGCAGCACUGCUGAUCACAGUUGUUUCACCUGUGAAAAAUACAAUUUCUGAAUAUCAGCUGAAUCAGAGGAAAAAGGGGCUAUCACCUUUAAUGGGAUGGUUUCCUCACUGCUUGUGGGGUUUUGUUUCCUUAAGCAAAAAUAAAAGCAUUGAUAGAAAC